UGAUUUCAGAGAAAAUGGCCGCCUAAACAACUUCUCAAGUUUGUUUUUACCAGUUGUUUUUGUUGAUACGACUAGGUGAAUGAAUUCAAAGAUUGAUCAGAAGAAAAGAUCAGAACAGCCCAAGUUACUGGACUCAGAUAGAGUAAUGUAACUGUGUUCGAUUAUCGGCUGUUUUAAAGUGAUACAAAUAACUACCAGUGUAGCUAGAUGGCUAGCUAAUUCUGGCUGUGAUGAUGAGUUGAUCUAAAGUAAAGACAGGCUGAAGCUGUAACUGUGCUAGCUAUCAACGCUAGUUAGCAGGUCAGCGAGCUAUAGCUGACUGCAAGCUAGUUAGUUCGAAAUUAGAUAUACCAUGUAUUACUGCAUUGCGGAACUACUACAUUUUGUCAUUGUUUUCCUGAAAUGGGAGGUUGCGCGUUAACUAGGUAACUGGCUAAAACUGGCUAUUUUAGGUGGUCGUAAGUGACCACAGUCGUUAUGCUUAGUGGCUUGCUGCAGUUCUGAGACGAGCAAUUCACUACUGUGCUCAGAUGUCAGUAUAGCAAUGGCAGCCUCGGCGAAUGUAGACCAGUCAAUGAAACCUGUGCUAUUUGAAAUAUUCGGAGAGAUAUGGAAUGUGCAGGCACGGCUUGGUCAAGGUGUCUCGGCCUCCGUUUAUCGUGUCAGUUCUGGACGGGCUAGUACAGCCGCGGUGAAGGAAUUUCAGGUGGACUCGCAGGGUGGAGAUUACGGGUAUCACAAAGAGAGAUCCGUUCUUGAAGACAUUCAAGGGCACAAGAAUAUCGUUACGUUAUAUGGAGUCUUUACCAAUCACAACUGUCAAGGCGUGUCAACCCGCUGCCUUCUGCUGGAGCUGCUGGACAUUAGCGUGUCGGAGCUGCUGGUGAGGGCUAGUAGCCAGGGCCACUCGAUGUGGGUCAUCCAGCACUGUGCACGGGACGUCCUGGAGGCCCUGUCCUUCCUGCACCGAGAGGGCUACGUUCACGCCGACCUCAAACCCCGAAACAUCUUGUGGAGUGCUGAUGAUGAGUGCUUCAAACUCAUCGACUUCGGCCUCAGCUACAAAGAGGGAAAUCAGGAUGUGAAGUACAUACAGACGGAUGGCUACCGGGCCCCAGAGGCGGACGUGCAGAACUCGCUGGCCCAGGCCGGGCUGGAAGGAGAUGCCGGCUGCACGUCCGCCAUCGACCUGUGGAGUCUCGGAAUCAUUUUAUUGGAGAUGUUCUCAGGAAUCAAGCUGAAAGACACUGUCCGAUCUCAGGAAUGGAAGGAUAAUAAUUCUACAAUAAUAGACCACAUCUUCGCCAGUAAAAUUGUGGUUUGUCCUGCCAUCCCAGUCUAUCACCUUAGAGACCUUAUUAAAAGCAUGCUUCACAAUGACCCCAAACACAGAAGCACAGCAGAGAAGGCCCUAUCUAGCCCCUUCUUCAGUAUUCCUUUUGCUCCUCAUAUUGAAGAUUUGGUCAUGCUUCCCACACCUGUCCUCAGACUACUUAAUAUCAUUGACGACAGCCACCUCUACAAUGAAGAGGAGUAUGAAGACAUUGUGGAGGACAUGAAGGAGGAAUGUCAGAAAUAUGGGGCCGUUAUUUCUCUUUUGAUCCCAAAGGAAAAUCCAGGCAAAGGCCAGGUUUUUGUUGAGUAUGCAAAUGCUGGUGACUCCAAAGAAGCCCAGAGAUUGCUGACGGGACGAACAUUCGAUGGGAAGUUUGUUGUGGCCACUUUUUACCCAUUGAGUGCCUACAAGAGGGGGUACUUGUACCAAACAGUACAAUAAAGCUGCACACACAAUCGGGCAAGGCCCUCUGAGCAACCUAAACCUUCUCUUAUGCAGACCAUGUUGCAAAUGUUCUUCAGUUUUCGAUCAUCCAAUUCGCACUGAUCAGCCAUUAUGAGAAAAUGAAGUCAACAUUACUGUCAAAUUAGUUGUGUGACACAUGCAAUUAACCUCCUACCAUGGUAUGCACAUUGAAAAUAUCUGCUUUACACAGUGCCAUGGAAGGGUUUUCCUUAAAGAGUGCUGUAGUUUGCCUUUUGUGUAGCAGAGCUAUAGGUUAUAUAGUUCCAAUACCUAUCAUUAUUUAUUGGCCUUGAAUGUAUAUCAAAAUUUUUUGGGUUUGAUUAGAUUAUACAAAAAUACUAAUAUUAGUGGCAGUAUCCCUCUGAAGAGCAUAACAUUAUAAAAUCACAUAGUGAGAGAAGAUUUACAAAGGGGAGGUGCCUUUUAUCAAAAGGAUAAUUAAGUUUCUUUUUCUGUUAUGAGACAGGAAUUGGUACCAAAGUCCAACUUUCUUAUCCUUUUAUUAGUUUAUCACUGUUAUGAAAAAGUACAUCAUUGUGUGUCCACACUGACUGCAUAGACGCUAAUGCAAACUAGUGGCUGCUAAAUAAUGAGAGUCCCUGUGCUCGUUAUGGAGAAUUGGAGUAUAUGUUUUGCUUCACCAGAGCUGACCCAUUGAGUAACAAAUCCAACAAAACUAUUCUUCUCAGUUGAGUUUACUUUUUGGUAGAAGUGGCACUGGUGUGGCUCCAGGUGUGUUGGUGUCCCAGUGUAGAUUCUUAAAAACUUAAGUAUUACUGAUACAAUCUUUCCCCUAGUACCACUUUUCUAAUCUCCUUAAAUUACACAUGUUCAGGGUCAUUUUUAGAAUCUUGAUUAGAGAGGACUUUCUAAAAAAGAAAAAUGCAUGAAAUGACUUUUGUCUCAUCCGUACUUUUUACAUAUUUUCUAUGAAAUAAUUAGCUGAAAACUUGAAUUCCAAAGGUACCAUGUCAGAGCACCAUUUAUGUGUAACUUCUUGCUUGCUGAAAUACUGAGAGCACAGGUUUGAUUUCAGCUAAUUCACCUUUCAUUAUUCUGUGGUACCUGUCAAUCAUAUUGCAUUAUUGUAAUAUAGAAUUAUGUAACAGAAUCUAUUUUAUAGCAGCAAUUACCAGAAGUCGACUCUUCCUUGUAUUUUUUACAGCUAUGUUUGGGUUUGGCCUGGCUAGGAUACUGCACAACUGUUACCCAUGUAUAUGGGGAUUUUAUGAUCCUCAGAAAAUGCAGCAUAUUUCAAUGCUGGCCUUGUAUGACCCAAUAUCCUGCCCACCAAUAGUAAAACAAACAAAAAAAAAAGCUUUCUAGAAAUGCUGAAAAUGGGGAGAAUCUUUGAAUCCAUAUUUUUUUCAGUUCGGAUCUGUUUCUCGCAAAGUUUUAUAGCAGGAAACCCCUUUUACUUGGGUGGGAUUCUCAUGAUCCUCUGUCUCGUUUUUGUGGGUGGCUUGUAAAAGCAAACACCUUCAGGCUGUAUAGGAAAUUAAUAUUCAUAUGGCUGUGGUGCUGGACUCCCUCUGCACACUUGUCUUUUCAGUAGUUGGUAUGCAAGCAAUUGGAAGCGUUUUCCGGCCUAUUGUGCGCUGUCAUUUUGUUGAAUAAUUCAAAAGUAUUCCAUGUGUACCAAGAUCUGAUCGUGACUUGUUUUACAAAUGGUGAUGUGACUUUGGUACUCUAGCUCAUAUUUCAGAGUUUCUUUUUUUUUCUAGAUUCAAGCAUGUUGGUGGCUGUCAUUAAAAGCAUUUGAACCUUUUUAGACUUGUGGAGAAUUGUAAUAUGUCUCUUGUUCUGCACGCCUGAUUUGUGUCUGGGCUGUACCUCCUUAACGUUAAUGACUGACAAAAUUCCGGUCGCAGGCAGGUAUGUACAAGGUACGGCAAGAGCGAAAUGGAGAGUUGUUUGAUGAAGGGAUAUCAGGCUGGUAGUCUAGUUUUUCCUCAGAUGUAGUGUAGAUCAGGCCCAGAGAGGUGGGCUGCACAAUAUGAACAGGAGGAUGUGAUGACCCUGUGAGAAGUACAUCGUCCUGACUUCAGUGGAACUGAGCGCUUGAUGUUCCAUCCCUUUGGGUGUCUAACAGAUCCAGAAGCUUGCAGAUGCAGACAUGUUAAAGGGACUGACCUGAUGUAGCUUAGCCUCUUGCUUGUGACAGUGUUUCAAGAUGCCUCUCAGAAUCUAUUUCGAGACACCCGGCUCCUGUCUGUCACUCACAAGUUGUUGUCGGUGGAAAUGCUGGUGCUAUUGUUUUUGGCAUCAGUAAAUAGUUGCACACUGGUUUUUCUUUUCCUUAAUUACACAUAUCUGUGAUGGAAUGCUGUUGAUGUAUUUGAUAAAAGCACACAGUUUCUGAUUGACGUCUUAUGAUUUACCUUUCAACUGCAGAUAUGUUGUUUCUAGAUGGUCAACUUCCAAGCUGUGCUACUAUCAGAUGUGCAUUUUACCUUAUUCUGAACUACACCUCUUUAUUUAUUGUAAGUAAUUUGAUCACGAAGCUGAAGAAGGAUUUCAUUGAACUUUCAUACGUUCUACUUCUUUGGAAAUUGUGAUGACCUUACAACCAACACGUGAAUUGUUUUUAUGUGGUAUGAGAUGACAAAAAUUGGAGAAAAUUGUAAAUAUGAAAAAGACAUUGAGACGACCUUAAAUAUUUUUUGGAGUAACAUGGUUUCAAAGCACAAAUGAUACUUCUGUGGAAAGAGUGGAAGGUUAUUAUAGUGCUUUCCAAAGUCCAGAGCAUAGAAUUGCUUUGGCCUCUGAAAUGAUACCAGGGAUGUCAGUGGUGCUGCCAACAUACACCCUGAAUAGACGUCACUGCAGAUGUCAUCCUUCUUGAGUCCAUUAGACUUUUGCCACAGUACACUUGGCAGGUUAUGAUAGGUGGAAUAUUGAGUUUAUUGUCAUUGGUAUACCAAUCAUAUUAUGACAGAAACUAUUUUAUAAUAGCAGUUACCCGAAGUUGAAUUUUGUUUUACUGUUAUGUUUGGAUUUGGCGUGGUCUGAGAAGAAUACUGCACAACUAUUACACAUGUAUAUUUGGAUUUUAUGAUCCUCAGGCAAAGCAACAUAUUUCAGUGCUGGCCCAAUAUCCUACUCAAGACUAGUAAAAACGUUCUAGAAAUGCAGAAAAUGGGGAGAACCUUGUCUUUAAAUUAGGAUUUUUCCCUGUCCUGAACAUUGUUUUUCUCAAUCUGAUGAUAGGUGGAAUAUUGGGUUUAUUGUAAUUUUUUAAAAUGUAAAUUUAAUUAUAUUGCAGCAAAUGGUUGUUGUAACAAAUAAUUUAAUAUAAAGAAUCAUUUCUUCUGCCUGUAGUGUACAGUAGGCUCCUGUCAUUAAAUGUUCUUAUCUCUUCUAGUCCAGUAUGCCUUCAGGCAGAGUACAGGGAGGGGCUGGUAUACCUCUUUAAGUAAUAAAUAAAGAGGGUUUCUGUGCUUCCUUCCCCCCAGGGAAUUAUCCAUGCAAGCCUCUGGAGAGUAUGAGGAAGUGUACUUUAUAUAUGAUAGUAGCUCAAAAUAAUUACCGUAUAUGCAAUGCAACAUUUUCCUUUUCGGAAGCGUUACACGCAGGAGACUGGGAGCAUUAUUGACAAUGUCAGAUAUUAAUCAUCUUUUUUCAGUAAAACAACUGUAGUUCAAUGAUGAACAUUCAGUAGGAAAUCCAGAUCACGAUUUGGCAAGUGAAAACCUAAUAUAUCCUCUCAUUCAAAUCAGUAAAAUCUUCAAAGUUUCUGUUGGGAAAUGAAUCAGGAUUGCUCUUGGUUAAUGGCCUUGUAUUUUAUUUCCCCGGCUUUAGGAGUUCUCUGCAGUAUAUAUAUGCGUGACUAAGCUUUGAUGUAGCAGGUCCUGUAUUUAUUGCAGGACAGCAAGUUUUUAAUAACCUAUAAUGGAACAUUAAAAUAUACAAUUUUCGUUUUUGUGCUUUUGAAAAUCUCUCAAUGCCAGAUAAUCUCCAAAGGUAAGGGUCAGUCAGCUUAACUCCUGGUUGAGGUGUUUCAGGGUUACAGUUCUUCUUGCAUUUCUGUUUUGUUUGUGUGACUUGGAAGUGAUUUUCAAAUUCAACUUUUACUGAGCUGUUGAUAAAUCGAAUAGUCAUAGCUUUGAGAAUGCAACAUCUUACAUCUUGUGAAUUUGUGGUGAGGAUUGUGUUGAUUUUUUUCCUUAUAAACCCAAGUACACAGAACAACCUUAGAGCAGAAUAUUAAACUACAGUGUCCUGUGGUAAUAGUCUUUUUGAGAACAGUGCUGUUUUAUUUUCGAAUUUAGACUGCACAUUUUUUAGGCACACUGUUGUGUCAGAAUUUGAAUGGAAUCUUUGUGUUUCGUUUACACUUGGAUUUUCAUCCUGCAAUUAGAAAAACUCUAGAAUAUCUCUAUAAAGUGUGCUGAAUUAAUAAAUUUACAGUGAACCGCUCCUGUUAUUGGAUGAACACAUAAUUUUGGAAGGUGUCUCCAUGGAAUUGGAGAAAUAGACAAUAAAUAUUUAAUUGAAAAAUACUGUGUGUGUACACACAAGAAAGGUCAUGCAUGGUUCUUGGUAAUAUUCUGAAUGGGUAUCUGACAUGCCCUGAACCACGAGCUUUUCACUGUGAAAGUUUUCAGGGAAAUUGGCUGGGGCAGGUGGGCAUUUUCUUAGGAACAGAAAAGCCUGCUUUUAUGUGAAUGGAAGGACUUGCUUGGUAUCUGGAAGCUGCUGAUCAGGUUAAACUGGUUUAAUGCGCUUUAGUUGAAAAGGGUUGAAGUCGUGGCUGAAAGAGAGACGCUUGGGUGUGUUCAUGUGGUCAAGAUGUGUGUGUGUGUGUAGAGCAAAUAUCAGCUUUGCUUCAGGGCGUUUGCCUAUUUGAGAUCAAUGCUAUGGCAGGUGUUUAUUUACGGUGCAGUUUUACUGCUUUUGAGACAGGUGCUGUGUACAGUCCUUCAAUAAAAAUUCCAUUCUACCGGUGAAUACACUUUAAACAAUGCAUUUUAUAAUAACCAGUAAUGGUUUUUCCACUGUGUAUAGACACUAAAACACUGAAUGUAGCAUUUUCCCUGUACACUGUACAUUGAGCUGCAAGAAGCACUGUGUUUCAUUAUACAGGUUCCUUUAAUGUGAUAGCGUUCGAUGCUAAUUUUACAUGCCGCUUUGUUAGCUUGAAGAUCUGUAGUGUCCGGUUACAUUUUGCGAGAUACAAGGUUCAAGAAAGUCAAUAUAAGCCUUUAUUCCUUCAAAAUUCCCUGUCGCAACAACAUACACGCAUAAUGUGUGGGACUCAUUUUUUAAAGUGUGUUUACUGAGGUAAACAAUGAAUGGAAAAGCAGUGUUGACAUAAUAAUUCUUUGGAGGUGCACAAGCUAAUGAUGGCUUUUAAAGAACUGAUGACUGACAGUGACAGUUUGUACUUGACACUCAGGUGCAUGUGCUGUGUUUUGACCUUUGUAUUCAGAAGACUGAAACCCAUUGCCCACACCUGACUGCAGGUAUAAAUCAGGUAUAUCAAUUACAGUUACUGGUUGAAUUAUUAAUGUACAAAAGUCUGUCAUGCCUUUUGAGCACCCUUGCAUGUUUCCACUGAUUUUUAUGUUCCGAGAUGCAGUAAGUGCCAAAAUGGAACUUGUAACCUUGUCUUUCUUACUUAUGGCCUGCUGUUUGACACUCCCAACAGUAAAUGUCAGGUGAAUUAUAGAAGAGUACACACUUGGGUCGGGAGUCGAUUCCUGAACUUACUUUAUACCUGUUAGGGAUUUUAUUUCCAGUGCAGGUGCAAAAAUGUAAUUUUGUUUGCACUCCAGAGCCAGGUAUUCCUGCUGUAAUGGCCAGCCCUGUUUACAGAGCUUACUGACAGAGCAAAUGUCAGGAGAUGCCUUGUGUUUGCUGUGAAGGAAUCAGCUGAGGGAGACUGCUGGAUGGUGUGCAGUGUGAGCUUAUUUUAUUUUUUAUAAAUGUUUCCUGCACUGAAUGUUGCAAUAUUUCCCAUUUCCUAACUGUGAGCAAGAGAGUUAUAACUGACACUCACAGUUGAGAGACUUUGUAAAGAGAUGAAACCCUUGACCCAAGAUGGGCAACUUUGGAUGUUUUGAAUUAUCACUGAAAAUUCACCUUGGUGGAAAAAGAAGCUGGCCGCUGUUGUAGUACCUGAAUCAAAGGUUUGAUUUCAUCUUGACCCCACAUCUAAUAAGUCUCUUCAAUAUUAACCUCGUGGAUAAUGUUAGUAAUUUCCCCUCCCACUGCCUUCAUUAAUGUCAGGGCCAGGUGCUGUUUAUAAUUUUAUAAGCCUGACCUUCCUGCCCUUUCCCUGGUGAUUGCAAAUGUAGCUAAGUCAACAAAAAGGUUUGAAAUAUAAUUAGGCAGCAUUUAUGAAAGUUAGCUGUUCAUGGAAGCCUCCUAUGAGGUUUCCUAGGUAAUUGACAGUCAAGUCUGUAGGUUAGUGUGAUGAAAAUUUAUACUGAUGGUGGUGGUAUAUAUGCUGUAUGUAUGGUUUUAAAUUGCAUGAAAGGCAGGUCAUAAUUUCAGUAUUGUAGGUUAAAAACCAUGCAUACUUCCUAAAAUUAACUGCCAUAUUUUGAAGAAGGGACACAUUUCUUCACAUUAUGAUCCAGGCUGUGAAGUAUAAUGUAUUUGUGCUGCAUUAUUUUGCAUUUGUCAACUUUUUUGAACAAGAAAGUAUGUCUCGGUCAGCAAACCUGAUUGAGGUACAGAGUGUGAGCUUCAUUUUCAACAGAGUUUGGAUGUUUUGUGUAUAUGCCAGGAUGUUAACAGGAUUUGUUUAGUUUGAUACAUGAAACUGUGGAGUGUGGGUGUCUUUUGAGUGUGAAAUGCAUAGAGAAUGAUGAAUAUUGGAUGCACUGUUUACACUGUUAACUUUGUGUUGUUGCAAUCAAGCAGUCCUUAUGCAUAGAUGCAUCCACCACAGAGGGUUUUUGUAUUUUCCUUUUUACAUUUUCCUCUUAUUCAUCUUUUGAAGACAAUCAUAUUUUUCUUCAUUUUAUGUCAGAUUAAAUUAUGCAUUCUCUAUCUGUGAAUACAAACGGGAAUAAAACAAAUCAGGUUGAUGGAAUGCAAGUACUGAGAUGCCCUUCAACCCUUCUUUUGUUUUUGGGAGGGAGGGAGGGAGCAGCACUACAGAACUUGUAUCUUGUGAUGUUACAAAGAGAAUUGUACUUGCAGAUUUGAAUGUAAAUGUGAUUUGUAAAGAGAACAAGCCACAAACCUCAACAAAUACAAAUAGUAGGGCCAUAUUAAAGGUACAUAAAGAGGCUUGAGUGCAGAAAUGAACCUUUCAUGCAUUGUAUUUUAUAGAAUCUUUUUUUUUAUCAAAUGGGAAUGAUAUACAUCUUGAUGUUUGCAUAUCUCUCAAUAAAGCAUUCAACACAAA